AUGUAUUUGGGUGAACCUAGAAGACCUCUAUUAGAAAGAGAAACCGAAGAUGUAAUAAAUUUAUUGUGUAAUAAGUUUGAACUUUAUAAAAACGUGACUUUACAAAGAAUUGAUUCAAAAAGUUGGGAACACGUCAUUAAGAACCACAAAAUUGGCUGUAAAAAUUUGAUUCCGAUGUUACUUUGGAUUCAAGACGAAAUACAUUCGCCUUGCAAUUAUAUCCAACCGAUAAUAACAUCAUACGGUCUGUGCUAUUCAAUAAAUAUGAUUCCUCAUCAUCAGUUGCUGCAUGAUAAUUAUCUCUCAUCAACGUCUUUUUUGAACUCGACACGAGUCGAUAGCAUAGCAAAUAAAAACCAAACCGCUUGGACCCCUGAAACUGGUUACAGACAGAAUGCAACCCCGUUUGACAUACCAUGGAGAGUGACGGGUGACACCGUAGACAAUGCGGUUCGGUUGAUUUUUGAUUUAGCGAACAAGAAUCUAGGAGACUACUGUCCGAAAAGAGAUUCUGGACUUACGUUGUUUGUUCAUAGCCCGGCGGAUGUUCCAGUUGGAAUCCAACCUACAGCUUACGUUACCGGUAGUAGUUUGUUGUCUGUCGCAUUAUAUAUGACUAUUAUACGUACCUCAUAUAAAAUCAAUACAUGGACACCAAAACUUCGGAAUUGUUAUUUUCAACAUGAAAAAAAAUUAAAGUUUUUUAAAAUCUACACACUUCACAAUUGCGAAAUUGAGUGUAGAGCCAAUAACACGUUUAACAUAUGCGGUUGCAACGCUUAUUUUCAGCCAAGAGAUCAAGAAGUUCCAGUUUGUGGUUCAGAAUAUUUAGAAUGUAUCAGAGAAUCCUCGACUAUUGGUUAUUCGAUUUUUAACAAAACACUAAACAUGUCAAUUAAUAUUAAAGAUUGUAAUUGUUUGCCAUCGUGUACAAGUAUUCAGUACGAGUAUGAAACUGUGGAAUUUUCUAGAAAUUGGUCAAUAAAUUCUACAAAAUCAAAACUAGUCCUCACUGAAGAAUCAACUUUAGUAAUGAUUUACUUUAAAAGGAAAUAUGUUAUUGAAGUACUAAAAAUUCCAUUGAUGCCAUUCAACGAACUAUUAGGUAAUAUAGGUGGUUUGUUUGGAUUAUUUCUUGGUUGCAGCAUAAUCAGUUUCUUUGAAAUAUUAUAUUUUUUUGUUAUACGAUUAUAUUUUGAUCGACGAAAUCGUAAAAAAGCCAAAUCAAAAAUAAUGCCAAGUUUUAUU